GCUGCAGUGAGUCCCUGGCUUCUGCCGAGGGUGCCCCGCCUGGCGCCCCGCCCGAGCUGCCGGGAGAUCGUCCCUCGCCUGAGUAUCCCUAGCCCUGGCGACCUGCGCGCACCCUGCGCCGCUAGGUUUGCUCGGUCCAGAGCCGACUGUGCCCGGGAAGGUAUAAGUGGGGAUGGCUGUGCUCCCUAGCAGGAUCAGGGGAAACCGGCGCGCCUAGCCGCGGGAUGGCUCAAACUCUGUACAUCUUAAGAGUGAGUGGCCCCUUUGGAAGUUGAAGGAAGAAAGAAGUUGUUUUCCGUUGGGGGCUCCCCACCCUUCAGAGGCGCCUAUCACAAGGUGUGAGCACGUCAUGCACACACUGUGGAUUGCUCAAGAAAGAAUGGGCAAGAAACACACACUACUCAACAUUAUGGCCUAAGGUCGACAAGUAUUAAUCAACAGGAAGGUAUGCCCCCAGACGCUGAGUACCACAAGCAUGGUGACUCCCUGUGGCUUCAGCCCCCACCUUCAUUCAUCUGGGGAGCAAGGAGGACUGAUCUUUCAGGAUGGAAACCUGAGCUCAGCGUCUCUCGAUGCUUUGAUCCAGCACCUCAUCCCUACCACAGAUUACUACCCGGAAAAAGCCUACAUCUUUACCUUUCUGCUGAGCUCCAGACUCUUCAUCGAGCCCCAGGAGCUCUUGGCCCGAGUCUGUCACCAGUGCAUUGAACAGCAGAGACUGGACGAGCCUGUGCUGGACAAGGCCCGGGUCCGAAAAUUUGGUCCCAAGCUCCUGCAGCUGUUGGCAGAGUGGACAGAAACGUUCCCCUAUGACUUUCAGGAGGAGAAGAUGGUUGGCCACCUGAAGGACAUGAUUCGCCGAAUUGCACCCUGUGACGAGGCUUACUGGAAAAGGAUGAAUCAACUCCUGCAGGCACUGAAUCAGAAGCUUGCCACGCUUAGCCAUGGACAGGAAGGUCUAGUCAAAAUCAAUGCCACUGUCUCAGAUAAGCUUGUCUCUUUUAAGACGAAGCCUCCUCCCUCAAUUCAGCGAGACAUCCUGAGUGUCUGCAGUGACCCUUACACUCUGGCCCAGCAGCUGACCCAUGUAGAACUGGAAAGGCUGAGUCACAUUGGACCUGAAGAAUUUGUCCAGGCUUUUGUGCAUAAAGAUUCUUUGGACAGCACAAAGUCUUGUUUCAGUGACCAGAACAAAACAAAUAACCUUGAAGCCUAUGUGAAAUGGUUCAACCGUCUGUGUUACCUUGUGGCAACUGAAAUCUGCAUGCCAGCCAAAAAGAAGCAGAGAGCUCAAGUGAUUGAGUUCUUCAUCGAUGUGGCUCGGGAGUGCUUCAACAUUGGGAAUUUCAAUUCACUGAUGGCAAUCAUCUCGGGCAUGAACAUGAGCCCUGUCUCCAGGCUAAAGAAGACAUGGUCCAAAGUGAAGACAGCCAAGUUUUUCAUCCUUGAGCACCAGAUGGACCCCACGGGCAAUUUCUAUAACUACCGGACAGCACUGAGAGGGGCAGCCCAUAGAUCUCUCACUGCCCACAGCAACAGAGAGAAGAUAGUCAUUCCUUUCUUCAGCCUGCUAAUCAAAGACAUAUACUUUUUGAAUGAAGGAUGUGCCAACCGCCUUCCAAAUGGACACGUCAACUUUGAAAAAUUUCUGGAGCUGGCUAAACAAGUUGGGGAAUUUAUAACAUGGAAACAAGUGGAAUGCCCAUUUGAACAAGAUCCCAACAUCACCCACUACUUACACACAGCUCCCAUCUUCACGGAGGAUGGUCUUUAUCUGGCUUCUUAUGAAAGCGAAAGCCCAGAGAACCAAGUAGAAAAAGAGAGGUGGAAGUCUUUAAGAUCUACUAUUUUAGGAAAGACUUGAAGAACAAAGAACUGACAAAGUAGGAAAAGAAAAAAAAACAGCAAAAAUACUUUGCACUACUGAUUCCAAAGAUGCCUAUUGGGGAUUUAGGUGUCAAUUUCUUUCUCUUUUUUUGAUGAACCGCAAAACAUGAUGAACUGCAUUCUCUGCUGAAAUUGACAGCAUUCUGCACAAUUCUCCUUUUCUAAACUCUUAUAUCCUGGAAACAACAGUGGCUUUCUGCCACUCCUACCCAGGGGCACCAAGACUGCCUGGGUUGAUGGUUCCCUUGUCUCUGAAGACAAGAGAGUCAUGUCACGGUGCUACGCCGAAGCUUUGCGAAGCUACAUGAUCAAAUGGAAACAAAAAAGCCUUCAGUAGGUGCUUCAAGAAGCAGCCUGUAAGUGUGUUCCCAGGACCAUGAAAUGUCACUAAUGUGUCUAAUUCUAUUCAGUCUUGAAUGAAAACUUUGUCCUCCAACUGGGAUAACCAGCCUAGUUGGGUAAUGAGUGCAUUGCAGUCAAACAACACCAACCAAGACAAAGGACCUGGGGAGCCUUGAUAUCACAAACACAACGCCAUGGGAACUGUCUAUUCAUGGCUUUCUUCCUUAAUCGUUGCUUCUCUUUCUGGAACUCAAAGCAGAAGAUUGGUUGAGCAUGAAAUAAUACUGGCUGCAUCAAUUGUACCUUCAGCUUCUGCUGAUGAAGCACAUUGCUCUGAGAGAUGGGUUUACCUCUAAUUAAGGCAUGUGGGUCAUUCCCUGGUUCUGCUGAUGCUAAGAAAUCUCUUCCAUGACAUAUGAUGAAAUAUAACUGUGUGAAACAGGUCAGUGGACCAAAACUGAUUUCACUUAGUAGAUAACUCAUAGGUUAAAAUUAGUGGAGUUUAGUUCUGAUGUGAUAUCUGUUGUUUAAAAAAAUAUAUAUUUAUCCCUUGGAUCUGAGAGAACAUGGUAUAAAUACCCAUAACAUCAAGUUAGAAGGAAGAAUCUAGUAUCUCAGGGCUCCUAAAUAGUCACUGUUAUUGGAGAUGGAGAUAGAAUGUGCUUACCAUUUCCUCUCCAUAAGGAUUCAUGUUGUAUAGACUAUAACAUGCGCAAAACAAUCAUGCACUUACAAGAAAUAAAUGGAAUACCAUCCUGUGAUGUAAUUAACAUAUCUGCCGCAUUCACUCACACGCUACACUAAUAACCCAUAUUCGUAUUAUUUUUGUUCCAUGGAUUAUAGAGCAUAGUUCUGUACCUGGGGAAAUGAACAGUCCACGGAACAAUUGAACCAAUCGCUUUGACCAUUUUAAUGAUCAAUAAAGAUUGCCUCAUUGAGCAGAAUUGGCCAUGAUGAUGUCCAGUCAAUUAGGAACAGCCAUGUUCAGAGGCUGCAUUUGGACCCAGACAAACACAAAGCCCAUAUUUCUUGGAAAAUUUGGCCAAAAUGUCCAGUGAAAUGGGAUCAUUUUGCUGCUGCUGCUGUAAUGAACUGGUUGAAAGUCUAGAUAUGUCCGGGGGCUACGUAUUAGCCCAUGCCUUUGGUGAGUAGUUGUCCAGGGCAGGAAUCCUGUGUUUUCAUGGAUGUUCUAGUAGCAUAUCCAAAUAUUGUUUGCCUCCCCACGCAUCUGGCUGUUUUUGUUGCCCCAUUAAUGAAAAGCACAGGAUGCACAAAGCCCUACUGUCGCCUGGUGCAGCUGCUAGUCAUUGGCAGUUUGGGGGAAUCGAUUUCCUGUAGUAUCCUGGCAAAUCUGAUCUGGAAUAAACCCCUGUUUGAAGAAUCCCUAGGCAGUCAGCAGUGCUAAGCCUCCAGCCUUGGGGUUCGCUGUCCGUGUACACCUGCAACAAAAGCCAAUGUUCAAUCUUGUAAUCUUUAGAUUUCUGCCAUGUAAAGCUGAGGUGUCAGAGGCUCUAGAAGUAACUUAUCUGUCGUUCUUCGGGAGCUGACCUGGGCCUGUGACCAACUCCUGGCAUCUCCCCAAAAGGCUCAGCCCUAGGAAUACCUGCCAGCCCAAGCCUUUGGGAAUAGCAGGAUCUCCGUUGGGACAAUUCCAGUUAACACUGCUACUUAGUUGCCACCUGAUCCUGGGCCUGUAGUUUUUCUAGCAUGGAUCCCAUUGCCUGUCUAUGAGAUUGUCACCCUACCAUGUGCUUCCAUUCGUUUGGAGAGUUUAGCUUAAGCUCACCAUGGGAAUGGCCUCCUUUAGCUAGACGAAGAUUCAUCACAGUUCCUAAAGGGGAAUACGUUCCAAGAUAAUGAAUGAGUAUUCCAUCUAUGACAGUCUGUUCAUUAUAGAGUCCCUUAACCAGGUGUACAUGGUAUUACUAGGUCAACCUGCCCCACCAGUAGGGCUAGGCUCCCCAGAGAUUCUCUGUGGGGGCCUAGAUAAGAUAGGCAAAACCAUCAAAAGGUCUCAUAGCUGGAAGACCUUUUUGGAAUCCUGACUCGUGCAGAAUGAUAAACAUACCUCCUCUCCCCUCCUGGCAACAUGGGAAAUGACAUAUCACAAUAUAUUACAUCGGCUGUGUAAACAAGAAACUGUAGUCACUGAGAAUGGUGAACUUUCUGCAUUUGCACCAAAAUCCUCAAGUAUACCCCAUGCAGAUCUAUGCAGAAACAGCUUUGGACACUAAGCAAAGUCAUUAAUUUCCCUGCUUUAUUAACAAUUUUUCUUGUAUUGUACCAAAGUUUGGUAAAGAACACAUUAAUUUUGCCAUUCGAUAUGCAGUUUUAGAAGACUAGUGCACAGUCUUUUAGCUCCUUAUUCUGGUAUGGAUGCAGUAUCAAACUGUAGCUGUCAAAAGCUAAAUACCAUUCAUGUGCAAGUUUAAAUAGCUAGCUAUUCAUAUUUUCCAUCCUGCUAUGGUAAAACACAUCCACACUCAAUCACAGGUCACCAGAACCAGUGGAUGCUUAUCUGACUGCAUUAGUGAGGAAUUUUGUUUGUGAAAAACACUUAACACUGAACCUAUCUUCCAGAACAAAGAGAAUGUAGGCAUGUGCAGCUCUGUGGUGUGCAUCCUGGAGCUCCAGGGAAAGCAAGAGCUUUCCUGAAACCAUAGCAUGAAUUAUUCACAUGUUCUUCGCAGCCCAGGCUGCAGAGUGAAUAUGAUAGAAUGAACCUUCGAGGCUUCUCUCUGGGAAGAAUGCCAGGAGCCCUGCCAUCUCCAGGGGCCACACCAGGCAGUUCUGUGGCUCCUUAGUGCCCAUACUUUGCCUUCCAGCAAAAGCAAGGAGCUUUCCGCAAAGAACACAGAUUCCGCAGGUGGCUGCUAAGCACUGAAUAAACAGUUCCAGGUGGUCAGUGGCUUAGGUCCAAGCACAGAGAGAAAGUUCUGCACCCAUUCUGCCUGUAUGUACACUGAAUAUGAGGAUGAGAUAACAGGGUUUCUUCUCUCCCUUUCUGUGAGAUGUCAGAGGAAGGGAGUUAAUAAUGAGCUCAUUUCACUUUAGAAAAGGAUUCAGGUCUUUAUUAACACUCACCUUUAACAGGAUUUUGUUGCAAAUAUGUUGUUUUAAUAUAUUUUUUAAAAACACAGAUGCUAGUUUAUUCAUGAUUAUCAAGCCAGCUGAGGGUAUGUCUCAGAUUUCUGAAUGUCUAAUGGGUCAGCACCAAGGCGCUGGUGGGAAUUUUUCUCUCUCUCUUAAAAGGAAAACAGUUCAUGUUAGACAAUUUAAAAAACAAAACCUCAUACUCAUUAGCACCACUGAGUAGGAUAGGGAUAGGGACUAGACCUGUGAUUUCAUCAGUCUAGGGAACCCCCAGGUGAGGAAAUUCUCUCUACCAAUGUAGGUUGGCACUUUCUCCGCAACAAAUCAUCUUAGAGAAUUUGCAGGAGCACCGAGAGCUUGUGACUUGCCAAGGUUAACAUGUCCAGUCUUCAUCAGGGGCAAGAUAGAAACCCAGGUAUCCUUGGCUCUCAGGCUAUUUCUCUUUCCAAUACUCCAGGUUGCCUCUCACCAUUAAGUAACAAAAAGAAAAUGGCAGGAUGAGUCAUAGACAUUACUUGAGGUACACAAACAUUUACCUUGUUACUUACCUCUGUAAAAGCAGACCAAAUGGUAGGUUGGGUCCAUUUGAGUCACAAUCAAUUUGUUAGCCCAAAUACUUUUGGGAGGAAAGAGAUUUCUACUUUGAGUUUCUCUAGGUUUCAAGUGUAGAGUGAAAAUCAUUUUUGAAUUUAAAAAAUCCUUUUUCAGCUUUUGUUUAACCCUACUUGUCUUCUGCAGUGAUAGGUAGCAUUACAGAAUUUUAGAGCUGGAAAGGAUCUUAGAAUUCAUCUAGGUAAAUCCUUUUAUUUGACUAAAGAGAAAAUUAAGGUGCUGCAAAGUAACUUGAUUGGCCCUAGAUCAAUGACAGCUUGUUAGUGGAAAGGAGUCAGGACUACAGGCCAGGUGCCGUAUUCCUAAUCCACAAUUGUUUCCAUCAUAUUUUACUGUAUCCCAGACAAAAGUCUUUCCACUGGCAUUCUCCUUUCAGACAUUCACCCUUCACUAUCAGAAAUGAAGAAAACAACCUGUGUACAUGUUCAGUGAAAUUCUGCAUUCAGAUUCCAGAAUUCACCAGCUUCUAGGUGCAGAUAAUUUAGAUGGUUAAAUGAAAUUCUAAGAAUCAGUCUCCUAUUAGACAUCAUCCUAUGAUAAGAGGUCACCUAGAUUCACUGUCCAGAGGCAAGCUGGUGCCUUUAUUAAGCAUGUUGAACUAGAUGACCCUUAAGGUACUUUCCAGCUGGACAAUUACAAUCCUGUGAUCUCCUUCCCGAGUCCUUUGGCCUCUGAGCUGUAAAACUAGAGCAAAACACGAAGACAUUGAAGGUUGCUUAGACAUAGGUAAAGCCAACAUUCUUCACCGUCAAGAGCAAAUCAAGGAAGAUCUUAGCCAAAAGCCUGAUGGGAGCUUUCUGCCUGUCCUGCUGCUAGCUGGAAGUCAGGGAAUACAGAGUGUUUCUGUGUGUUAUUAUUGUUCAGUAGUUUCAGUUGUGUCUGGCUCUUUGUGACCCCAUUUGAGAUUUUCUUGGCAA